ACCACCACCAUGGCCUACAACCCGCCUCCUGGGGGCCACGGCGCUCCCGAAUAUGGCGCUCCCCACGCUGCACACCCCUAUGACAACCGGCAACACGAAGAGGUCAACCAGUCGCUUCUCCAUUCCAACGCCGCUGGCACCCACCAGGGUCCAUUCGACGACCACCACGGCGUCUACGGUCAAGGCCCCGAUAUGCGCCCGGCUUCGACAUACAGUUUGACUGAGUCGUACGCUCCCCAAACACACCAAGCCCAAUAUCCUGCUCAAUCGAGCUCUGGCUCUGAUGUUUACUCCGCCACUGGCGGUUACGACCCGGCAACCGACUAUGGCGCUCCUCAGCGCGUGCCAUCGCCAUACUCUCGCAGCGAAACCAGCUCUACCGAGGCAUGGAAGGCCCGACAGCAACCUGGCGGAGGUGCCGCUACUGGUGGCGGUCUCAAGCGCGGAAUGACGCGUAAGGUGAAGCUCGUCCAGGGCUCCGUUCUUAGUGCCGACUACCCCGUACCCAGUGCCAUCCAGAACGCUAUCCAGGCCAAGUACCGCAACGAUUUGGAGAGUGGAAGUGAGGAGUUCACACAUAUGCGAUACACUGCUGCGACUUGCGACCCCAACGACUUCACUCUGAAGAAUGGCUACAAUCUGCGUCCAGCCAUGUACAAUCGCCACACUGAAUUGCUCAUUGCCAUCACCUACUACAACGAAGACAAGGUUCUUACUGCGCGUACCCUCCACGGUGUCAUGCAAAACAUCCGUGACAUUGUGAACCUCAAGAAAUCUGAGUUCUGGAACAAGGGAGGCCCAGCCUGGCAGAAGAUUGUUGUCUGCCUGGUUUUCGACGGUAUCGACCCCUGUGACAAGGGCACACUUGAUCUGCUUGCCACCGUCGGAAUCUACCAGGAUGGCAUCAUGAAGAAGGAUAUCGAUGGUAAGCCCACUGAGGCUCACAUCUUUGAGUACACUACGCAAUUGUCUGUCACCCCCAACCAGCAGCUCAUCCGCCCGCAUGACGACAGCGCAAGCACACUUCCCCCUGUCCAGAUGAUUUUCUGCCUGAAGCAGAAGAACAGCAAGAAGAUCAACUCCCAUCGCUGGCUUUUCACUGCCAUUGGCCGAAUCCUCAACCCCGAAGUCUGCAUUCUACUUGAUGCCGGUACCAAACCCGGCCCCAAGUCGCUCCUGGCGCUUUGGGAGGCUUUUUACAACGACAAGGAUCUUGGUGGUGCUUGCGGUGAGAUUCAUGCUAUGCUUGGGAAAGGUUGGAAAAACUUGAUCAACCCGCUUGUUGCUGCCCAGAAUUUCGAGUACAAGAUCAGUAACAUUCUUGACAAACCCCUUGAAUCCUCGUUCGGUUACGUCUCUGUGCUACCUGGUGCUUUCUCGGCUUACCGUUACCGAGCCAUCAUGGGUCGACCUCUGGAGCAAUACUUCCACGGUGACCACACGCUUGCCAAGAUCCUCGGAAAGAAGGGUAUCGAGGGCAUGAACAUUUUCAAGAAGAACAUGUUCUUGGCUGAAGAUCGUAUCCUGUGUUUCGAGCUUGUCGCCAAGGCCGGUUCCAAGUGGCAUCUCACAUACGUCAAAGCCUCCAAGGGUGAGACUGAUGUGCCCGAAGGUGCUGCCGAAUUCAUCGGUCAGCGUCGUCGUUGGCUCAAUGGUUCUUUCGCUGCCGGUAUCUACUCGCUGCUCCACUUCGGUCGCAUGUACAAGAGUGGUCACAACAUCAUUCGCAUGUUCUUCUUCCACAUUCAGCUCUUCUACAACAUCUUCCAGACCAUUCUCUCCUGGUUCUCCCUGGCUUCUUUCUACCUGACUACAUCCAUUAUUAUGCAACUGGUCGGCACUCCCUCAAAACCCGGAGAGCCCAAGCGUGAUGCCUGGCCGUUCGGUAACAAGGUCACCCCAAUUGUCAAUUCUCUGCUCACGUACAUCUACCUCGCCUUCGUCGGACUGCAGUUCAUUCUCGCCUUCGGUAACCGUCCCAAGGGUUCCAAGUGGUCAUACCUCACGUCCUUUGUGGUCUUCGGUAUCAUUCAAGCCUACAUUGUCGUUCUCUCCAUGUACCUGGUGUACCUCGCUUUCAGUAACAUGGGCACCGACUCUGAGAUCAAAACCGACAGCGUCGAGACCUUCUUCACGUCGUUUACCAACCCGGCCGGUAUUGGUAUCAUUGUUCUCGCCUUGGCUUCCACCUUUGGUCUCUACUAUGUCGCUUCAUUCCUCUACUUGGACCCGUGGCACAUGUUCACCUCAUUCCCCCAGUACCUUCUUGUCAUGUCAUCCUAUGUCAACAUCCUCAACGUCUACUCGUUCUCUAACUGGCACGAUGUUUCCUGGGGUACUAAGGGUUCCGACAAGGCCGAUGUCUUGCCUUCUGCCAAAACCGAGAAGGGUAAAGACGGAAAGACGACAGUCAUUGAAGAGCCAGAUCUACCGCAAGCCGACAUUGACAGUCAGUUCGAGGCUACCGUGAAGCGAGCUCUUGCACCCUACGUCCCUCCUGUCGAGAAUGAUGAGAAGACCUUGGAAGAUUCGUAUAAGUCUUUCCGUACUCAUUUGACAACCGCGUGGAUCGGUAUGAACGCUCUUUUGGCCCUUGUAGUCAGCGUGGAUAACUUGUCCUCUUUUGGUUUCUCUUCCACCGCUACCAGCCGUAGCAGCUACUUCUUCACGUUCCUACUGGUGUCCACGGCUAUCCUCGGUAUCGUUCGUUUCAUCGGUUGCCUGUGGUUCUUGGGUCGCAGCGGUAUCUUCUUCUGUGUCCGCAGGAGAUAG